GGCUUAAGGAUUUGGCGUUAAAUAAAAAUAUACUGUAAAUACCCAGUAUGGUGAGAGCUAAAACCCGCGCGCAACAAGAAAAAACAAAAAAACAAAACGCCUACAUUGAGAAAUACCGUCAAGACCCUAAAUAUGUGUUUGAAGAAAACAGGAACAAGAUCCUCCGAAGAAUUAAGGCUGGUUCGAUCCCCCACAAGGAGUCCCUGGCUACAUACAAAAUAACAAUCGAGACCAUCAACGACAUCCGCAGACGAAUGGGGUUAUCCCUUCCGUAUUAUCAGGAAGUCCAAAGGCAGCAAGAGGGGGGUAUGGGUAUCCCCGACAACUCUGAGAUCUUUGGUGGCUUCGAAGGUGGAGAUGAAAAUGAGGAGGUUGAGCAAUCCGCUCCUCCACCCGCACCCACUUCCGCACCCGCUUCCGCACCCGCUCAAGAAAAUCCUUGGGACGCGGUCGCGCGCGCCGCACCCCCCUUGUUCACCGUGGAGGAUAUUUCACUUUACCUUCAAAAGAACCCAGGAAAAGCCAGUGCCAAGUCGAACAAAGACGCGUCAAACAAAACUCGGGACACCCAAUGGGGUCGUCCGAAUCCAAGGGGUUUCCUAAACACUGGCAAUUUAGGCACUUUACACGUACGACUCACGCACAUAACGCGUUGUACACGUACACGACUACACGUACACGUACACGUACAGUGCACGUACUUCCUAAACCCUCAGUCUUUUUGUAAUCAGAUACACACACACGUACUUCCGGAAGUACUUCCGGAGACUUUCCGGAGUACUUUCGUAUCUAGCUUCGUUGGCAAGUUGCGUUGUUGCACAGAGGCCACCACCACUUGCUCGCGUUUUCCUCGUCUGCGAAGUGGUGGUUGUGAUCCCGUAUUGAUUACUUCCUCGGCAGGACUGCCCUAG